UACCAAAGCGACUUGCGUUGCGCGAUACACCCUUGGUCGAGAGAUAGUCGACAAGCCGGGCCCUACGUCCCACAACCUCAAAAUGUCAUUCUCCCAACUGUCUACACCAAGGCUGUGCAGUCCUGGUUGUAUGGUGCUGUCGUGGAGACUUCCCAACCCGCCUUGACCCCGCCGUGGACGAAAGAUAGUUGGAGCUUCCUUCCACUAGAUUUGAUGGACCUGCAGAACGCUGUUUCCCCAAUGAACGAGCUGCACACAUGGUUCCCAGGAAGAACACGUAAUGUCUCAUUUCCAACAGUGGCUAUCCGUGCAAGGUUGCAGUGUGUGCCGCUCGACUAUCCCCAGAACAAGUCAGCCUGGAUCGAAAAGCUAGACUUCAGUAGUCCAGGAUGGAAUGCUUCUAAUAGGCCUCAUGGUCUGACCCACGGUUACACUUUGAUUGGUCCUGCUAAUGCACUUGGCGAUUCCAACUUCACCUGUUGUGCCAACGAGACUAGCGGUAUCAUCGGAGAUGCGGCCGUUGGUUACUGGGUCAACUAUGAUCAGUCAUCCAAAAUGUAUCAAGAUCAUCUGUACGCUACUUGGAUCGUUGGUCGCCCUCUGAAUGGGACAUUCCAACCGUCUAAUGCCGAGGCAAAUGUCAUUGCCGAAGUAGAGACUGGGACGAUCCUGGUGUACAACAUCACCGCUCAAGCAAAGAACGCCGCUGUCGCGUGGUCAGAUGAUUUUCUCGAGCACCGCGCCUCUGUUGACUAUGGAUGUGAGUCUUUUCAUUAUACAAUUCAGGAAGAGAAUGUCACUGUCAGCUGGGGCAACUUCUUCUGGGAUACCUUAGUCAAUUCUGGACGUUCUCUUAGUAUCAUGAAUGGUCCCUUUGACUCUGAGUAUAUCAAGCCUUCUCAAUAUCGCACAUUCAACUUCCAGGUCAAUGGUCUCAACACCGAUUUCAUGUCGUUUGCCAUGUUGGCGCUCGCGAACAACAGUAAGGAGGCUUUGCUUGAUCGGAAGACCUACAUGGAGCUGGCCAGUACAACAUUUGGAGUGUUCUUCAAGCAUUAUGCCGCUGAGAAUAUCACAAGGUCCUCUGGAGGUCACAUCUAUGAGCCCAUUGGUUCUGUCAUCAAUGAAACCAAUAGGACACUGGUAUCUAACUACCAAGGAGCCCUUGCGACAGACGAUCAGGUUGAUACAACACACCCAACCAUUUUGGCGACCUACUCCAUACCCAUCGAGCAAUUAGUCAUGUCUCCCAUUGCGGUCUACCUCUGCCUUUCGAUCCUCGCACUCCUAGUUCUCACCACUGUCAUCAUGUACUCGGCCAAUCGCAGUCACUCCAAGGUACUUCCUCGAGACGUGGAUACUUUAGCUAGCACGCUUGCUUUUGUCCAUGGAAGUGAUAGAUUGCUAGACUGGGCUCAAGAUGGAGCUUCGACGAAACCAUGGUAUAAGCUUCCAUCUCGGAAAGACAGGCUGGCACGGCAGCAGUCCAAGAAGUUGAUGGCACAGAUGGGACCACUUAAGGACCAAGACGGCAACGACGCUUGGGGUAUCGAGUUGGUAGAAACUAAGGGUAUGGCC